UUGUUACUUUUGCUCGUGAACCUCAAGUGUAAACUUUACUUUGAUUUACGCUUUGAUUACCCUAGUAAGUUUGUUUGUUCGGCUGCUAGUUUGCUUUGUGCUGUCUGUAUGCAGGCGACUUUGUGCGGGGAGCCCAAUGGAGCUGGAGGGUCAGUGGUGGAAAGGAGAACUUGCAGAGGACAUCUAUCAGGCCCUGCGAUACAAAGAGCUGCGGUUGCCUGCAUACAAAGGCCAGUCCCCGCAGCUGAGCCUCAGACGGUAUUUCGCAGACCUCAUUGCUAUAGUCAGCAAUCGCUUCAAGCUGUGCCCGGCGGCCAGACACUUGGCUGUUUAUCUGCUGGACCUGUUCAUGGACCGCUAUGACAUCUCCGUACAGCAGCUUCACAUGGUCGCGCUGUCCUGCUUGCUUUUGGCCAGUAAGUUUGAGGAGAGGGAAGACCGCGUCCCGAAGCUGGAGACCCUCAACAGUCUGGGCUGCAUGAGCUCCAUGAAUCUGGUUCUGACCAAACCGGGUCUCCUGCACAUGGAGCUGCUGCUGCUGGAGACGUUUCAAUGGAACUUGUACCUGCCGACUGCCGCGCACUUCAUCGAGUAUUACCUGCCGGUCGCUGUGAAUGAGACGGACCUGCACGACGGCUGGCCGAUGACCUGCAUGGAGAAAACUAUGCUGUACAUGUCCAAAUAUGCGGAUUACUUCCUCGAGGUCUCUUUACAAGAUCAUGCAUUUCUGCGUUUCGUGCCAUCUCUGGUGUCAGCAGCGUGUGUGGCGUCCUCACGGGUGAUCCUUCGCCUGUCUCCAUCAUGGCCGCCACGUCUGCAGCGUCUGUCGGCCUACAGCUGGGAGCAGCUGCUGCCCUGCGUACAGAAACUGCUGAUAGCUCACGACAGCGACGUAAAAGAAGCCAACAAGCAGAAGUGUCCUCCAUCUGGAGCUCCGCCAGCGCAGACGGUGUUUCAGGCUCCGGGUUCCAGUGUUUCCCUGCAGCCGUUCAUGCAGAGGCAGAACACACAGUACAUGCAGCCACUGGUCGUGUCGACACAAGCUCCGCCCACAUACCGCACACACACCGCAGCUUCCCUCCAGGCCUCCACUGCCCCGCUGCAGAGCCUUGAGCCCAAGGUAAACCUGCCGGGCCGACAGUACCAGCUGAACCCGCUUUACCCCUGCAGCGCCCCCUGCUUCGACAGGUGAUCACAGCAGACGGAAACUGCCAGAUCGUUUCACUGCACAGGGGACUUUUGUGUGUUACUGUGGCACUCCAAGCACCAGGAAACUCUUAAAGGGACGGUUCACCCAAAAAUGUACAUUUCUUUACCAUUUCCUCUAAACUUCUGUUGAAGAUACUCUGAAGAAUGUUGGAAAAAUAGCUUAUAUUGGAAUAGUUUAGUCUAAAAUUAAAAUUAGAGCAUAUUCUACUUACUUUUAAGCCAUCAUCUUUUUCCUGUCAGACAAACACAGUUGGAGUAGUAUUAAUUUUAUCAAGGCUCUUCAAUCCUGAGUAAUGGUGUUGGAUAGUGACUUUUAUUUUGAAAUUUCCAAAAGCACGUAAAUCUGUCGUCAAACUAACUCACAGCUCUUCCAAACUAGGAUAUUGUGUUGUAUUUUGACAUUUUCAAAAGCACGAUAUUGACUUUUAUUAUGAAAUUUCCAAAAAUGCAUAAAUCUGUCCUCAAACUUACUUGUAAUUCCUCCUUGCGUAGCUCUUUCAAACUAAUUCUAGCUUUUCCAUGCUGUGUAAUAAUGUGAGAUAGUGACUUUUUUUUCUCGAUAUUUCCGAAAGCACGUAAAUUUGUCGUAAAACUAACUCUUAGCUCUUCCAUGUGCAGCUCUUCCAUGCUGUUUGAUGGUGUGGGAUGAUGACUUUUAUUAUUAUAUUCUAUCCUCAAACCAACUUGUAGCUCUUUCAAGCGUAGCUCUUCCAAACUAACUUUACCUCCUUAAUGCUGUAUAAUUUAUGUUUGAUAGUGUCUUUUAUUUUGAAAUUCUCAAAACAGCGUAAAUCUGUCGUUAAAGUAACUCGUGGCUCUUCCAUGCUGUAUAUUAGUGUGGGAUAGUGACUUUAAUUUUGAAAUUUCAAAAACACAAAUCUGUCACCAAACUGACUCGCAGCUCUUACAUGUGUGGCUCUUCCAUGCUGUAUAAUGAUGUUUGAUAGUGACUUUUAUUUUGAAAUCUCCAAAAGUGUGUCAAUCUGUCGUCAAACUAACAUGUAGUUCUUCCAAACUAACUCUGGCUCUUACAUGCUGUACAAUGGUGUCAGAUAUUGACGUGUAUAUUGAAAUUUCCAAAAGCGCGA